CUAGGGAGCGUGCAGUAGUCGUCGAGCGUCUCGGGUGCCUGCACUUUCUCCCCGUAUCUUUUUAAAAGUUGAAAGGACUGCACUGUGGGUACCUUAAUCUCCCUUCUAAAGUCUUGUUCCAAAGGAAACAGCACAGCUUUCUCACAAAGAUGGACACACAUGAACCCCAAGACAAAUACAAAACUGUCUGGCUUAUCUUUUUUAUACUGGGAUUAGGAACAUUACUGCCAUGGAAUUUCUUCAUGACUGCCACCAUGUAUUUCACCAGUCGUCUGGCAGACCCUGGAGAAGAGGUGUCAACUGAAAGGAAUUUCCUGCAAACCAAAUUCAAUAACGUGAUGGCACUGUGCGCUAUGAUCCCCUUGUUAGUCUUCACCUGUCUCACCUCUGUUCUACACCACAGAGUGUCCCAGAAGAUAAGGAUCAUGGGUAGCUUGGUUUCCAUCUUGGUAGUGUUUUUGGUGACUGCCAUCCUGGUCAAAGUGCCCAUCACUCCCAUGCCCUUCUUUGUGACCACCAUGAUAAAAAUCAUCAUCAUUAAUGCGUUUGGAGCUGUGCUGCAGGGCAGUCUCUUUGGUAUGGCUGGUCUGUUUCCCGCUGCCUACACCGUACCCAUCAUGAGCGGCCAGGGACUGGCUGGCACCUUCGCUGCCUUCUCCAUGAUUUGUGCCAUUACAAGCGGGUCUUCGGUGAUGGACAGUGCCUUUGGCUACUUCAUUACCGCGUGUGCUGUCAUUGGCCUCGCCAUCCUGUCCUACGUCUUCCUCCCUAGACUUGAAUUUUACAAGCACUACCUGAAGGAAGAGACGAACAGUCCUGCACAGGAUGAGGAGAAUAAAUUGGACUUGCUGCAAAAAGAGAAUGGCAAACAGAUGGCCAGCACUGGUGGGGGCGUUAAGCAGAAUCCCUCCAUUCUCGGCAUCUUUAAAAAGAUCUGGCUGAUGGCCCUGUCUGUCUGCUUUGCAUUCAUCAUCACCAUCGGCCUUUUCCCGGCUGUCACCGUGGAUGUUAAAUCCAGCAUUGCUAAUGGAGGACCCUGGGAGCUGUACUUCAUCCCGGUCUCUUGUUUCCUCCUCUUCAACCUGUGUGACUGGGCAGGCCGGAGCCUGACCGCUGUGUGCAUGUGGCCGGGGAAGGACAGCCGGCUCCUGCCAGCACUGCUCCUGCUUCGCGUGCUCUUCGUGCCGCUCUUCAUGCUCUGCAACGUCCAGCCGCGCUACAACCUGUCCGUGGUCUUCGCGCAUGACGCCUGGUUCAUCGUCUUCAUGAUCACCUUCGCCUUCUCCAACGGCUACCUGGUCAGCCUCUGCAUGUGCUACGGCCCCAAAAAGGUGGCGGCGAACGAAGCGGAGACUGCCGGCGCCAUCAUGGCCUUCUUCGUCUCGCUCGGCCUUGCGCUGGGGGCGGCCCUGUCCUUCCUGUUCCGAGGGGUCAUAUGA